GUGGUUGCGCGAAAAAAUUUCUUGACGUCGCAAAUAUCUACAAUAACUUGCAAUAAAUGCUUUAAAACGCAGUCAAACAGCACGCAAAACAGUGACAAACGCUGAACGUACAUGGCGUAAUAGCUAAAGUAUUGAAAAUCCGUAGCAGUAGUUCAAAGCAGCGCUGCUAAUUUAUAUUACCUGACGACGACUUCACACACACUCCCACACACAUAUAUACACACAAACGCACAAAUUGCCCUCCGCCCCCUGCUACCCGCGCACACAUCGAUGAAAUAAUAUACAUAACGUAUACCGAAAAUACAUAAGCUUACGCUAAAAUAACGGAGCCAUCAGUAGCAAUCGUAGCGGACUCAGGUAAACAGAUAAGAAAACAGACGGAGCCACAUACAUAGGUACAGGUAUCAGCUCCCGCAGCAGCAGCAGCAACAACAACAACAACAGCAACAGUAGCAGUAGCAGUGUGGAGGAGAGUCGCAGUAAAACAUGUCCGACAUCAUGAAUAUUGACAGCAUUAUCUCGCGUCUGCUGGAAGUGCGUGGUGCACGUCCUGGCAAAAAUGUGCAGUUAUCGGAGAGUGAAAUACGGAGUUUAUGCUUGAAAUCGCGUGAAAUAUUCCUAUCACAGCCCAUACUAUUGGAACUGGAGGCUCCGCUCAAGAUAUGCGGUGACAUACACGGACAAUAUUACGAUCUAUUGCGUUUGUUUGAAUACGGCGGUUUCCCGCCCGAAUCGAAUUAUCUAUUCCUUGGCGAUUAUGUGGAUCGUGGCAAACAAUCUCUGGAGACGAUAUGCCUCUUGUUGGCAUAUAAAAUCAAAUAUUCAGAGAAUUUUUUUUUGCUGCGCGGCAAUCACGAAUGCGCCAGCAUCAAUCGCAUCUACGGGUUCUAUGAUGAAUGCAAGCGACGUUAUACCAUAAAGCUGUGGAAAACAUUUACGGAUUGCUUUAACUGCCUGCCUGUGGCGGCAAUUGUGGAUGAAAAAAUAUUUUGCUGUCACGGCGGCCUGAGUCCCGAUUUGUCCUCAAUGGAACAAAUCCGACGCAUUAUGCGGCCAACGGACGUGCCAGAUCAGGGCCUGCUUUGCGAUCUCUUGUGGUCGGACCCCGACAAGGAUACCAUGGGUUGGGGCGAAAAUGAUCGCGGUGUAAGCUUCACGUUUGGAGCAGAGGUUGUGGGCAAAUUUCUACAGAAGCAUGAAUUCGACCUAAUAUGUCGUGCACAUCAGGUUGUGGAGGAUGGUUACGAGUUCUUUGCCAAGCGCCAGCUGGUUACGCUCUUCUCGGCGCCCAACUACUGCGGUGAAUUUGACAAUGCGGGUGCCAUGAUGUCCGUAGAUGACACAUUGAUGUGCUCCUUUCAGAUAUUGAAACCCGCCGAUAAGCGACGAUUUGUUUAUCCAAACUUUGGCAGCUCAGGGCGUCCGCUAACACCGCCCCGCGGCGCAAACAACAAGAAUAAGAAAAAAUAAGCGGCACACAAAAAACAGCAACAAUAAUUUACAUCAACAAA